CUUUGUUGUCUCCCAACAACCUGUCGUUUCCAUCGCGGAACCAGGAACCAAUCCUUCUUUUAUUCGAUUAGGAGCAUGAUUUGAGUCUUUCCUUUGAUGUUACCAUCCAAUCCAUCAUGGCUUCGACGACCGAAUCCUCUCCUCUGCUCCCUCAACACCGACCUUCCUCCAAUACGUCACCGUCCUCGCGAGGAAGCCGACCUCCACGGACAGUAACAUUCAACCCUCUCGCUACAGUCAGCACGUACCAUGACUACACCUCUGCGGAUCCUACAUUCAAGCCAUUGAGCGCUGGCUCUCCAUCUUCAAGCUCCCCAAGUCCUCACCGCCCGACCGGACUCUCCGCCUUGAAUAGCAAGCUCCGUCGUCGCAAUAGCCAUGGCGCUCCUUUCAGCACUUCUCCCGCAACCCCGCCGACUCCUAAAGUUGGCCCGCAACGUACAACAAAGACCGCCCAGAAAUUGAAACUUCUCCCGGAUCCAGUCACCGAAGAGGAGGCUGUGGAUGACGCGGCCCCAUCGGACGUCUACACGCAGAUCACUCGCAUCAAGGAACCUGCGGCUCGGAGUCUUGCUGCAAGGUUGGGAAAGGCGGAUCGGGACAGACUACCCAGAGUGACAGCAUAUUGUACGGCCAAUUCAUACCGACUGGAGGGGGUCUUUAAGUUUUUGAAAUCCCGCUCUAAAACCCGAGGGGCUAACCCGAAACUCUUCGACGAGUGCGUGUAUUCGUCCUUUGACUAUCAAUAUGAGGAGAAGCAGAACGGCCUAGUGCCCUCAGUGUCCAAUGGGUUCAACACGGAUGACACUCACACUGUGGAGCGGCCGCCCAGAGAACGCCGAUUUUCAGAUAGUGCGGUUGAAGUCAAUGAAAAUCUCAAGAAUCGGAGGGAAGAGCUUAUUGACCUUCGUGAUCCCGAAUCGCAUGCUUCUGACGUGCAGCAGCAACAUGCCUCGGAACACGCCUCUGCGGUGGAUGACACCCCCGAUAUCGAUACCACGAUUCAUACCCCCGAGGUGUUCCUGUUCGACUAUGGUACCGUCGUCAUCUGGGGCAUGUCGCCGGCCCAAGAGUCACGAUUUUUAUCCGAUAUAUCCAAAUUCGCGACGUCGAUUCUGAGUCCAGAAGAUACGCAGGUGGAGAAUUUCAACUUCUAUUAUGCUCGUGAAUAUCAAGCCCGGAUAUAUAACGACUUCAUUUCUCUCCGUGACCCUCGCAACUAUAUGAUCAAACUUGCAAUCUCGCAUGCUCUUGCUCAAUCCGUGAAAACGUCCCUUUUCGAGGACCUCGUCUCCGAGACAAUUUCCAAUACAGCACCGUUGCCCGCUCAGAUUGCGCAGACCGGCAGCGUUAAUCUCACGCGACGACAGAUCAACAUGCAGAUCGGAGAACUAUUCAUCCUCCGUAUCAAUAUCCAUUUACAGGGAUCAGUGCUGGACAGCCCGGAAUUGAUGUGGGCAGAACCACAACUGGAGCCGGUCUACCAGGCAGUCCGGAGCUAUCUCGAGAUGGAUCAGCGCGUCACCCUCCUGACAGAGCGACUAGACGUGAUCGCAGAUCUUCUGGCAGUCUUGAAAGACCAACUGACUCACCGCCACGGUGAGUAUCUCGAAUGGAUAGUGAUUGUUCUCAUUGCAGCAGAAAUUCUUGUGGCCGCCAUUAACAUUGUUGUUGAUCUCUACGCGGGGGUUGAUUAGCCGCACGACCCAGGUUUGGGAUUCGUCUUCGUGAAGUGCAAUACGGCGUAUUCAUACCCAUUCUACAUUCUUGUAUCGCAUAAUUUCAGGCGCUGGAGUUGAGGAGCCAUGGCCAGGAUGACUUUUGCUGUACCUAUUGAUUACCGUGUGGCAGUGUGCGUUGAGACGUACAGUCCACUAUGAAAGAUAUAUAAUUAGGCCUUUACACUCCGUAUAUCCCGAGCGUAAUUGAUCAUUUGACUUCCGACUCCAGAUUGUCGACGCCAUCCCCUUCGUUGGCCUCCGGGUUACAGUUCUUUUUGGCCGCCAAAGUCUUGACAACAUCUCCAUAGGACACUGUAUACGGGUCUGGAUCCCAAGCCAGGACCCUGGUUUCCAUCUCUUGGAGCUUCUGCGCAACCAGCCUUUCCAUCUCUUCCUUCUCCGCGUCAU